UCGCUUCGACAACGCAAGAGACAGCCGGAGCGACUUCCACAACUACAAACCCGCCCCCACCCGACGACCGCAAGCGCUCGAACCUCCGACUUCUCGACAGUCUCCUCGAUGCCCGCGGUCGACGAGUACCCGCGCGCCUCGCGCCGCCCACCGAUGGACCCUCCAGCUCGCUCUCGCUCCGCUGCCGGCAGCGCCAGUGGGCGCAAUCUGAGCGCUACGUUCCAGCACCAGGUCCAAGUCCGACCAGGCGCCAAUAAUGCCAACAGUCUACGCGCGUCGUACCAAGACCCACAGUCGCAUAAGAAGCGCCACAGCAACAGCAAGAAGAACUCACAUAUGCGUCACUCACUCACACACGUGCAAACGGAUCCUCCAGCUUCAGGUCGUUCCAGUGCGUCGUCCUAUACGUCCACCUCGGCGCUAUCUCCGCCUCAACGCGGCUCCAAUUACGUCAACGUCCAUACUACCAGCAGAUAUCUGAGUCCACAGAACCAGCUACACCCCGCAUACCCAUCUGCGCCUCCUGCAAGCGAUGAUAUCCUCAAGGUGGAGAUUCCCCGCUGGAAGUCGAAGCUCACGACGGACCGUGCAGACCGACUCCACAUCCCUGCAGGUGCCGACAGUGCCGGCAAUUCGCCUGUUGGCAGUGGAGCGGGGCGAUCGUCGACCUGGAACGGAAAAGACGGACGUGGGGGACACGGAGGUUCCAUGGGCGCUCUUGUACUGGGACGAGACCGAGAUAGCGGCAGCAAGAAGCGGUAUACCGUGUUCCAAGUAUACAUCCAUUACCAGUCGGGUGCAACCCGUGUUUCGGAGAAGAGAUACAGCCACUUCCGAGAGCUGCACAAGACGCUGAGAAGGAAGUACGCAACGGUGGGGAAGCUGUACUUCCCGCCCAAGAAAUUUUUCAUGUCGUUGUCUCUGCGUGUCAUUGAACAGCGUCGUGAAGCCAUCGAAACGUACAUGAAUUCAGUUCUGACGCUGCGUCCACGUCCGGUUGAGGUCGUACAGUUCUUGAGCGCUGGUAGCAGCUCGUUGGAGAGCGAGGAGGAGGACGGCAACAGCACGGACGGAGCAGCUCGCGGUGUGGACAUGGUGUCAGCGCCCAAGCACGUGCAAUCGGCGUCCACAGCACUUGCGACGUCUUCUCGGAUCAGUGACAGCAACAGUUUUGCCUCGGAGGACGCUGGAGGACACAUAGUGACAAUGCAGGACUUUGAGAUCCUUAAAAUGCUCGGAAAAGGGUCGUUUGGAAAGGUCUACAUGGCUAGGGAGCGUGGAACAGAUGGCAGGAUCUACGCGAUGAAAGUACUACGCAAGUCGGAGCUGGUUAAGCGCAACCAAGUGGGCCACACGAUGAUGGAGCGCAAGAUCAUGAGUUCGAUCGACCAUCCUUUCAUUGUCGGACUCAAGUAUUCGUUCCAGACGGCCAGCAAACUCGUGAUGGUCUCGGACUAUUGCUGUGGUGGCGAGAUCUUUUUCCACCUGAAGAAAUUCCGCUCCUUCUCGGAGGCGAUGGUGCGCUUUUACGCCGCGGAACUCGUGGCAGCCAUUGGUCACUUACAUGAACGAGAUAUCAUCUACCGGGACCUCAAACCCGAGAACAUUCUGCUAGACGAGACAGGUCAUGUGCGACUGACGGAUUUCGGUCUCUCCAAAACGGACUGCACGGACUUUACAGGCGCCAAGACUUUUUGUGGUACACCCGAGUAUUUGGCACCUGAAAUGCUCAUCAGCCGCAAGAAGAAAACAGAGUACGGCAAAGCUAUCGACUGGUGGAGUCUUGGUACGCUCAUGUACGAGAUGCUCACAGGCUGGCCACCGUUCUUCGACCGUAACAUCGAGCAGAUGUGCACCAAGAUCAUGAAAUCGCCACUGAAGUUCCCAGCGCAUUUCGGCUUGAGUUCUGACGUUAAAAGUCUUAUUUCAGCGUUAUUAGAACGUGACCCGACGUAUCGAAUCGGCUCACGUCCUGGUGCUGGUGUGGAGGACAUCAAGAACCACAUGUUCUUUGCCAGUAUCGACUGGAAGUUGCUGGAGAUGCGUGGUAUCAAGCCGCCGUUCAAGCCUCGUGUGCGCAGCCCGACGGAUAUCCAGAAUUUCGACCGCGAGUUUACGAAGGAGCUGCCUGACCACGGUUUCUUACAGCAGGAUAAACGCCUCGCCGUGUCGCCGAAGAAUGAGUUCCAAGGCUUCUCCUACACAAGGAUUGAGGAGCCGACGUCAUCGUCGCGUGAGUCGAGCAGCAAACGGGAGAAGCGCAGGUCAGGACGACGAUCGGAGCCGCGAAUUAGUGAAGGAACCGAGUCAGCGGCGGACCAGCAGUAUCCUGAAUUCGGCUUCGUCGCCCGGGACAGCACAGAUUUUGACUCUGGUUGUAUCUAGAGUGCAAGCAAGCUCGGUCCCAUUUCCGGCACUCGUCAUGUUCAGUACAAGAAGGAGAAAGCAGGUAUGGAGCCGAUCCGAGUCGAGCUUUUUGUUUUCGCUGGGAGACGUGAAGUACAUUGUAAGAAAAUGAAUGAACCUAAAGAUUACAUGGGAUUA